AUGGCUACUACUAAGCCCAUUGAUACUCCUAGUGCUUCAAAUGCACAUUUGUCUGUAGUAUUUGCACCUAAAUCAUCUCAGGAGAAGGAAUACAUGUCACAUGUUUCUUAUGCUAGUGCAGUGGGAAGCUUGAUGUAUGCUAUGGUCUGCACUAGACCGGAUCUUGCACAUGCUGUUAAUGUUGUCAGUAGUUAUGGUAGUGAUAGUCAGUGUCUAGUAUCUGGUUACUCAGAUUCUGACUAUGCUGGAGAUGUAGAUAGUAGAAGAUCGAUGACCGGUUAUGUAUUCACGCUUGGUGGUUCUGUUGUGAGUUGGAAGGCUACUCUACAGCCGACAGUAACUUUGUCUACUACAAAGGCAGAAUAUAUGGCUUUGACAGAAGCUGCUAAGGAGGGAAUCUGA